AUGAAGUCAUACGUUGUGUUUUAUUGUAUAGUUUUCCUGUAUUGUGUUCAUUCAUUGGAUGCUGAUCCCAUGCAAUGUUAUGGUCAUAAUGAAAUCCUCGAUUGCGUACUGCCUUGUCCACCUCAAAAGACAUGUAAGAACCGCGAGCUCAAAAUAAACUGUUUAGAUGUUAUACAGCCUUGUAGAACACAAUGCGUAUGCAAACCAGGUUUUCUUAGAAACGCAAAAGGAGAUUGUGUGGAGGAAGAAGGCUGCGUCGAAUGCCCGGGUAACCAUGAAUUCUUCUCCUGCGGGCCAGUAUGUGAUAACGAAUGCUCUACUUUACAUGAGAGGAAUCGAACCAAAUGCCCCAUUUUAAACAUCAUGUGCAAUAAAAAGUGUUAUUGUAAAGAUGGAUAUGCAAGAGAUAAAUAUGGAAUCUGUAUACCGAUAGAAGAGUGCCCGAAAGUUUGCCCAUCAAACGAAGAAUUCACCAACUGCAAGAAGUCAUGUCCUCCAGAGACUUGCAUCUCAAUUGUCGCCAAAUUCAAAUGUGACUCUCGUGAGGAAUGUGUCCCAGGAUGUAUUUGUAAACCAAAUUACCUGAGGAAAACAGCAGACGGUCCAUGUUUACCUAUAAGAGAGUGUCCACAACUUGACGGCUCGUUAGAUUUUAGCUAA